GCAAGCUUUAGUUUCUCUCACUUCUGGCAAUUCGGUGUCCCGCGUCAACCCCGCAGGUCACUGUCGCGUCCAAGUUGGGAGCCAGAAACCCAGAGCUCCACUCUUGUUGAUCGUGUCCGUCCUAAUCCAUCUCACCCCACGUCCACCGCCGUUUCGACUUUGGCAGGCUCCCGAGACUAGAGCUGCAAAAGACGUGUGAGUCUCUGCCAGCGGGACUUCCGUCAUACUGAAAAGCUCCCCUUGUUUUUAUCGGCAAAGGGUAACAAACCAGUUCUAGCAACAAAUCAGCGUCGGCCAAGAUGGACGAGCACCUGGCGCAGCUGCUCGCCAAAACGCACGACAAAAGCGAGGGCCCCCGCAAGCAGGCCGAACUCGACCUGCUGCACGCCCAGUCGGUUUCCGAGUUUCCCUAUUCCCUUGCACGCAUCGGCUCGCAUACCGGUGUUCCCAUCGAGAUUCGCCAGUCGGCCCUGACAUACCUCCGCAAGUUCAUCGAGAAGAACUGGGGUCCAGAUGAGGACGGUGGCGUCCCUCACAUUCCGAUUCCGGAGCCAACAAAAGAUCACCUGCGGAAUGCGAUGCUGGAGCUCGUUCUGAGCCCGGAGGAUGAGCGCAAGGUCAAGGUCGCCGCCAGUUACGUGGUCUCCAAGAUUGCCAUGGCCGACUUCCCUCACCGCUGGCCCGCCCUACUCCCAGCUGUUCUAGCUGUCAUGCCCUCCGGGACCGAUGCCCAGCUCCACGGGGCUCUUCGAACCCUACAAGAUCUUGUCGAGGAUAGUCUGAGCGACGAGCAGUUCUUCAGCGUCGCUCGCGACAUCAUCAAGGCCUGUUAUGACGUCGCGUUAAACGAGAACCGCAAGCAAAACCACCGGAGCCUCGCUGUCCUCGUCUUCCGCAGCUGCUUUGACCUCAUGGAUAUCGUCAAAGACGACCACAAGAAAGAAGUCAAGACGUUUGCCGAGGAGGUCCUCAGUGGGUGGCUGCCCUUCCUGGAGCAGGUGAUCAAGUCGCCGCUACCUCCCCUUGCUCAGCCAGGCUCACAGCCGGAGAGUUGGUACGGGCCAGUUGCGCUCAAGGAUCAGGCAGUGAAGACGUUGCUGAAGAUCAAAAAUGUGUUCCCCUCGCUUCUGGUGUCUCAGAGCUUGGCUUUGUUCAGUGCGACCUGGGAGGAACUGUCAAGGCUGGCACCGUUGUACCAGUCUCUCUUCAUUGACUCAGAUGCCCAGAGCCGGUUGGAGGACAUCGACGGCCUUCCGUUCACGCUAGACUUCCUGGUGCUAGAUGAACUCGACUUCCUCAACCAGUGUUUGCGAGCUCCGCCAGUCCGAAAGCAGCUGGACGCCGAAAUCAAGGCGCGUGGUGCUGUGCACGAUACACCGUGGGCGUUAGACCUCAUGAACUUGCUGGUCUCGUUUUCACAGAUCACACAGGAGGAAGAAGGGUUGUGGGAUAUUGACGUCUCACUCUACUUGGCGGAGGAGACCUCUGUUUCCUCCAACUAUACCCCCAGAACCGCUUGCGGCGAUCUCAUCAUCAAGCUCGCCGAAUGGUUGAACCAGCGCGCUCUGGAGGGGUUAUUCGCAUACACCAAGGCGCUCUUCACGGGAGAGGGCGCAAGCUGGCAGAAGAGGGAAGCGGCGCUUUACCUGUUCAACGCCAUCUUGGACGACUUCCAGGACAUGCAACAGGAGGUGCCAGCCGAGAUCGCAAAUGCGUAUCUCGAGCUCGUUAACCACGCCGUGGGCAGACGGGACGAGCCUAUGCUGCGUGCCCGCGGCUACCUCGUUGCUGGUGCCUUGGCACAAAACUACCAGCCGGCCGUCGGCCUGCUCGAUCGUGUAAUCAACGCGAUCACGAGUGACGAGUCUGAACUGGUGCAAGUUGCAGCCGUCAAAUCGGUGGAGAACUUCGUAAGAGGUGAUGUUGUACCGGUGGACCGGCAGGUCCCCAUCAUUGCGGCUAUCCAGCGCUUCAUGGAAGCCAAGGAUCUUACUGAGCUAGAAGAUGCCGACGAUCUCCUGGUCACGCUUUUGGAAACCCUUCGCAGUGCGAUUAGCAUGGAUACUAGGAUUGCUAUUCAGCCCGAUAGCAAGGCGGUGGAUCUUCUGUUCCUCAUUGCGAAGCACGGCGCCGCCAAUUUCCAAGUCACUAUGAUCGUCUGUGAGACUUUCGAGGUGAUCGCUAGGACAUUCAAGGACAACGAGGGGCAUCUCAAGGACACGGAACACCGUCGUCUUUAUGCGGCCCUGUGCGGAAAGGUCUUGCCGUCCAUAACUGGGACCUUCGACGUCGCGAACCUGACACAGGACGAUCCUCUUGUUACGCUGGCUGCCGACCUCCUGUCUCUCCUUGCUCAGUUCGGCUCCGAACCGCUCCCCGACGGCUUCGUUGCUGCCACCCUGCCGAAGCUCCACCGCCUCCUGAUGACGUCCUCCGAGGGCGACAUCUUGCGUCCUGGCGCCGAGGCCGUCAAGUACAUUCUUAUGCACGACCACAAACAGGUAUUUAGCUGGCAAGACGAGAACGGCCAGUCUGGUCUCGAGGUUUGCCUCCGAAUCAUCGAUCGUCUGCUCGCUCCCAAUAUUGAAGACAACGCCGCCUCGGAAGUCGGUGGUCUGGCCGCGGAACUGGUUGAGAAGGCCGGCCAUGAGCGGCUUGGCCCCUUCUUACCGCAGCUUCUACAGGCAGUCGCGGCACGCUUGGAUAGCGCUCAGGCAGCGCCGUUCAUCCAGUCUCUGAUCCUAGUGUUCGCGCGGCUUUCCCUCGUGGGCGCCCAGGACGUGGUCAACUUCCUCAGUGACAUUGAAAUCAACGGCCAGGUGGGACUGCAGGUUGUUCUCAGCAAGUGGCUUGAGAACUCUGUGAACUUUGCUGGUUACGACGAAAUCCGGCAAAAUGUCAUUGCCUUAUCCAAAAUCUACUCCCUGAAUGACUCUCGGCUUUCCCAGACCAUGGUCAAAGGGGACCUCAUCAUCGAGAACAGCGACAGAAUCAUGACAAGGUCGAGGGCCAAACUUAACCCCGAUCGAUACACUAUCAUUCCGGCGCCGCUCAAGAUCCUGAAGGUGCUGAUCGAGGAAUUGCUCUCCGCGUCUGGCAUGCACACCGCCGCCAACAUAACCACCACGGCGGCGACGGAGUAUGCCGAUGAGGACGACGAAGACGGCGACAAUGAAGGAUGGGAAGACGAGCCGGAUGACACGCUCGACCUAGCGUUGGGCAGCACCAAGUCUGACCUCAUGGGCUGGAUCGAGGGCGGCGGCUCGCGACAGCGCGACGAUGAGACCCAGGCUUACCUGGUCGACUUCUUCAUCCGCGCUGACAACGAGAACAUUGCCGGCUUCCAGAACUGGUGCAGUAUGUUGAGCGACGACGAGAAGCGGAAGGUGAAGGAGGCGGCCGCGCAAUAGGAGGCGCCGACCGUUAUUCAUUCACACGGUCCAUGGCAGUCACCAUGUCCGAUCCGGAAGAUGCGCUUGCUGAAUGGGCGAACGCUGGGUGUGACUUUGGUUUGGGAGAAAGGAGGUCUCCAUAAGUGUCGACGCGAUUCGACCGCGUGCUGAGUAUGGGAUAUGCUGCUGGGGUAUCGGUGGACAAGGAGGGAAUGCGAUGCGGUGUGGGCAUAACUGACGAGCUCAAGCGAUCCACGCCUUGAUUGUGGGUAUAAGAAGGAAUGGAAGGGACGAGGAGUGAUGUGCGAAUAAGCAUUGUCAUCCGCCGGUAUGAUGGUAUGUAACUACUGUAACCAGGACCUAGAUAGACAGCAGUGCCUACUGCUUUGACCGUACAACAGGAAUACCGAGACGCUGAGAGAUCAUAUAGCUACAAAUCCAGAUUUUGAGUACAAGAAGUGAAGUG